UGCAGAUAAACACGUAGACUUUGCAAAACGCGAGAAAGUAUUUUCCAAUUAGUUUAAAUUAAAAGUUUGUGAUUUAAUCAUGAGUUCCGAACGCUUGUUACCACAAAAUAGUGUUUCCACUAGUUAUCACUCCAUUCUACAAGAAAAUAGAAUGGAAUUACAUCACAGUCAAAACCAACCAAACCAAUAUGACGUAGAGAGCAAUAAUGCUCCUUGGUAUGGAUCAAAAACGAGUUGUGCAAGCCAAAGUAACGGAGUGAUGUUUCAGUCAACAGAUCUAAUUUUAAAUCCUUCAGAAACUAAGAAAAAAAACUCUACAUCAGGAGCAGAAGGAAAAGGCGGGGGAGGACAUGGACAUGGAAUUUCAGUGGAACAUCCAACUUCUUAUGUGGAAACUUUAAUGCACUUGUUUAAAGGAAAUGUCGGAUCAGGCAUAUUCGCUAUGGGUGACGCAAUCAAAAAUGCCGGUAUUGUAUUGGGACCCAUAGUUGUACUCUUUCUUGGAAUUAUCUGCGUUCAUUGUCAACAUAUGUUGUUAAAUGCCGCUAAAGCUUUACAAGAGAGGCAUCAAGUCAAGCAGUCCCCGGAUUUCGCAGAAACAGUUGAACUGUGCUUUGAAAAAGGUCCACCUAAAUUGGCCAGACUAUCCGUUUUUGCAAGAAAGUUAGUUAAUACUUUCUUGUGCAUUACACAACUUGGAUUUUGCUGUGUAUAUUUUGUUUUUAUUUCUGAUAAUAUCAAACAGGUAUUGCAUAGCCAUGGCUAUGACGUAGAUGUCCAUGUACUUAUGGCUAUAAUCUUAAUACCUAUUUUGUUACCAUGUCUAGUUCGAAAUUUGAAGUAUUUAGCUCCAUUUUCUACAUUAGCUAAUUUUUUAAUGAUGAUAGGAAUAAUUAUUGUUUUAUACUAUGCAAUCUCUGAUGGACUUCCCUCUGUUACACAGAGGACUUACGUAGCGAAUCCUAAAACGAUGCCAUUAUUUUUUGGAACAGCUGUAUUUGCUUUUGAAGGAAUAGGAUUGGUUUUGCCACUUCAAAAUGAAAUGAAGAAGCCGACAAAUUUCGCAAGAAAAAUAGGUGUACUAAAUGUUGGAAUGUCAUUUGUUACCAUUUUGUAUAUUGUGGUUGGUUUCAUUGGAUAUUUAAAGUUCGGUGAGGAAAUUGAGGGAAGCAUUACCCUUAAUCUACCUAAAGAUGAAUGGUUAUACCAAGCAGUUAAAAUAGCAAUAUCUAUUGGAAUCCUUCUGACAUACUGCUUACAGUUCUAUAUUGCUGUUGGAAUUAUGUGGCCAGUUGCACACGGAUUAUUGGGCGACAUUAAACAUCCUAUAAUGGGAGAGUUAAUUUUUAGGACUAUCUUAGUACUUAUCACAUUUGUAUUGGCAGAAGCAAUCCCUUUUCUGAACUUAUUUAUAUCCCUGGUAGGAGCCGUUAGCAGCUCAGCUCUUUGCCUAGUCUUCCCUGCCCUUUUAGAUUUGAUAAUAAAAUUCUGUCAUGAGGAGCUGACGCCGUUUGUUAUUGUUAAAGAUGUCUUUAUUCUUUUGGUUUCACUUAUGGGAAUGUUAACAGGAGGUUUUGUAAGCAUCCAAUCCAUAGUAGAAGCUUUCCAAAAAUGAAGUUCGAAGCAACUGAAGAGUUUAGCAUCAUAGCCAUGGUUACCUUUUAGACGUCGGUCGGUAACUCGUUUGCCGAUUAAUUUUAUACCAUUAGAUUUUAAGACUACUUGUAUAUAGAGAUUAUAAGUAAAGAAAUAUUUAUUUUUAAGGACAAGAUCAAAAUAUUUUAUAUUUUAUAAUUAUAUGUUAUAAUUAAGAUGUAAUAUUACAAAAAAAAAUUAUAAGCAUCACUAAAUUCCAAAUAAUAUCUAGUAAUAUUUCUAGCAAAAUAAUUGGGCGAAAAUGUCUGGUUUUAGAAAUAAUUCUAAUAAAUCAGAAAUAUAUAUAUACAGGGUGGUUCAUCUUAUUCGCCUCGGUCUCUGUAAGGAAAACCACUUAAUAU